AUGGAAGACUAUCUGCAGGCUGUCGAGCAAAUGAAGCAGCUGAAGCAGCAAGUCAAGCGCUUCGAGAAUCUGGAACACACUCUGAAGCAAGAGCUGUUCAAGGAGAGAAUGGCGCGAGAGGAGCUUAUUCGCACCAAUACGAGGAUCCAGGCUCGAAUGUAUGAGAACAUGCAUUUUCUCAAGAUAUCCAUGGAUGACAGAGUCGAGGCCGUGGUGGACAGAACAACCGAGCUCAGUGACCAGGUCAAGGCGCAAGGCGAGCGGCUGAUCAUGGUGGACGAGUUCAGUAUGGAACUGGAGAACAGGCUGGAUCUUGUAGAGCAGCGUGAAGGCAUCUCAAGAGACACAACACCCAUCGGAUCGACGCCCAGAGCACGCACGUCAACGCCCAAAACACCGCCUGUGCCACAGCCCCCACUGCUUAUGCAAUCCCAACAAAACACCCUCGGCCAACUGCCGAUUCGUACUGAUAAAAAGUAUGCCAUGUCGUGGUGUGUCAGGGUGAUAUUCGUGCCACGAAAAUCUCUGAGGUUGGCGUACGACCCGGAUAGCAACGCCUACAAGCGAUGUGCGUCUCGGAAUCUCCAGCAAAAUCUCGAAUUUCCAAGUCAAGAUAGCUCAUGCUUUGCAAAUCGUAUCGAGACUGCUUUCAAAGGCCUCCUCCGGGGACGUCCAUGGAUGCCAAUGACAGGUCAUCGCCCAGCAGAUGAGCCUUUUGGUCGCAUGGCGCUCACUCUCCUACCCCCAGACCUCAUCCAUCGCAACGUCUGGGAUUACCCAUUUCUCGAGGAUCACUGUAUUGCACACGACAAGAUGCAAGGAGACGUUCUAUACAUCACACUACAAUAUGAAGACGUCACCUGGAAUGAGAUUCGGUUCCUUCCAGCGGUGAACAAUAUUGAUGAGUCGUGUUGGGAUCACGACGAAGAGCUUGAUGGCACUGCCAAGUACAAGAGUCUGGAUUCAGAGAUCAUGUAUGAUUUCCAGGACCCUCCUCCAACCUAUUCAUCUCGAACUCACUCGAUGGACGACAGAGCGAUUUCCAAGUUAGAUGUGCUUGCCGAUUCCGCUGCCAUGUUGAGGCCCAUCGAACGUGUACCCACCCAAUCAUCCGUUACUUCGGCCAGACAAAGUCCGAUGAGCUCCAUGCGACGUACACCAACGCAAUCGUCAAGCCACUCGAGUCAGCCUCGUUUUCCUUCUGAGCGUAGCAGUCUUCGCAGCUUUGACACCGAGACUACAGAUGACGAACAUCGCGACAAGAAACCUAAGCUCAGGGCGAAGCAAAGUAUGCCCAGUGUGAACGGCAACGGCCAGACACAGCAACCAAUGUAUGUCUCUGGUCGCUCAAAGCGAAAGAUGCCAGUGCGUGAAAAGGGUCCCAAAGAGCCGCUCCACUUUAGCGUCUCCAACGUGGCCAAGUGGCGACCGAACCUGCUUCAUCCUCACUCUUCCAAGGGGAAAGAGGUUGCGCAUGAUCCCUAG